AUGCAGCGCAUCAUACCAAACCGACUCCUCUCCUCAUCCUCCUCCCUCCGCCGUCCUACGCCACAGUCUCGAUCCUCCUCCUCCUCCUCCUCCGCCAACUCGAGCCCCCAGCAGACCCAGCCUGCACGCAACGAACUGUCCACCUCGCCCAGCGCGAGGAGCACCCUCUACAGGAUGCGCAGCAACCGAGACUCUGCCAGCCCGGCCAGGGACAUGGGCAACGGCCUCGUCCUCAAGGUCGACAUCCUCAAGGGCCGCAACCUCGCGGCCAAAGACCGGAACGGCACCUCGGACCCAUACCUCGUGCUGUCCCUGGGCGAUCGUCGUGCCGUCACACACACUGUCACCAAAUCGCUGAACCCCGAGUGGAACGCCGUGGAGGAGCUGCCGCUCACCUCCAUCAACAGCCUGCUCCUCGACGUCGUCUGUUGGGACAAGGACCGCUUCGGCAAGGACUACAUGGGCGAGUUCGAUCUGGCCCUCGAGGACAUCUUUCACAACGGCCACACGGCCAAGGAAGCCAGGUGGUACCCGCUCAAGAGCAAGCGCCCUGGCAAGAAGACCGGCCUGGUCUCGGGCGAGAUCCUGCUGCAGUUUACCCUUCUCGACAUGUCCAAUGCAGCCGCCACCCCGGCCCAGAUCUUCGACAAGUUCUAUGCGCUCGUCAACAGCGUCCCGAUCAAUGCGACAGACUCCUCCGCUGCUGUCACCCCCUCGCGGACACCUGUGCUCUCACCCACAAUCCCGCGCUCGACGCCAGCCUCCGCGGAGCCAGCCCUGUCCAACAACGGCGCCAUCGACGACGACGACGCCGACGAUGAUGAUGAUGAUGAUGAUGAUGACGACGACGACGACGUGAACGACGAGUCAGAGUCAUCGGACGAAGUCGACGACCCCUCGAAACCCGACAAUGCCGAGAAGCGCAGAAGGCGUCUGCGCGUCAAGGGGUUGAGGAGAAGAAAGAGGCGGGGCGCCUACGCCUUCACAAACGGCGAGCAGGACGUCGUCGGCGUACUGUACCUCGAAAUCGUCAAGAUCACCGAUCUGCCCCCGGAGAGCAACCUCACCCGCACCAGCUUCGACAUGGACCCCUUUGUGGUGGCGUCUCUGGGACGACAGACCUUCAAGACGAAGCGUGUCCGUCACAACCUCAACCCAGUCUUCAACGACAAGAUGGUGUUCCACGUUCAGGGCCACGAGACGGCGUACCAGCUCGCCUUCACCGUCAUCGACCACGACAAGUACUCGGGUAACGACUUUAUCGCCUCCUGCAGCCUGCCGAUCCAGGAGAUUAUUGAGCAGGCGCCCGAGGCCAAUCCCGAGACGGGGCUGUAUGAACUGAGGGACCCGGCCGAGUAUUCGCGGACCGCCUUGUCGACGGGCACCAAGAGCCGCUUGAAAAAGUUUGGCAUGUCCCGGUCCUCCUCUACACAGAGCUUGACCAAGCUCAUCCGACCCGGUCUGAACAAGAGUUCCUCGGCCGCGAGCGGCAUCUCACAGGUCUCGGCCGCGGACCAGGCCGCGGCCGCGAGCCGCAACGGCAUGCUGGCGCCCCCCGAGCACGCUACUACUACUGCUCCAGCUGCCCUUGGUGCUGCGCCCACGUCGGCACCGGCGUCCGAGCCAGCUGCCGAGACGCCGGGGGAGGCCGAGGGCGACGACUUUGCGAGCGUGACGAUCCCUCUGCAGCUCAAGAACCUAGAGAAGUGGGAGGCCAAGCACAACCCUGCCAUCUACCUACGGGCCAAGUACAUGCCCUACCCAGCGCUCCGCCAGCAGUUCUGGCGCGCCCUGCUGCGGCAGUACGACACGGACGACAGCGGCCGCAUCAGCAGGGUGGAGAUGAUGACGAUGCUGGACACACUAGGCUCGACGCUCACCGAAUCGACGAUUGACAGCUUCUUCCAGAGAUACCCGCACAAGGCGGCCGACAAUGAGGACACCUGGGAGCUCAGCAUGGACGAGGCGGUCCUCUGCCUCGAGGACCAGCUCAACGCCAAGUCGAAGCCGCCGACGGUGGGCGAGAAGCUGAAGCACAUGGUCCCGGACAUGAAGAACCUGCAGCUACCAGAGGGGGACUCGACGAGCGCCUCGGGCGCGAGCACGCCCGCGGCUAGUGGCAUCUCUCAGGGGGCUGUGCCGGAGAUCACCAAGGUGGUGAGCGACGAGGGCGACCUCACGCUGGACAACGACCCGGCGGACAAUGGCGAGGAGCACGUGAUUGAGAUCAAGGAGUGCCCCAUCUGCCACCAGCCGCGUCUGAACAAGCGCAGCGACGCAGACAUUAUCACGCACAUUGCGACGUGCGCGAGCCAGGACUGGCGGCAGGUCAACACGGUGCUCAUGAACGGCUUCGUCACCGCCAGCCAGGCGCAGCGCAAGUGGUACUCCAAGGUGAUCACCAAGCUGUCCUACGGAGGCUACAAGCUGGGGGCCAACUCGGCCAACAUUCUCGUCCAGGACCGCCUGACGGGCCAGAUCAACGAGGAGAAGAUGAGUGUCUACGUCCGGAUGGGCAUCCGGAUGCUGUACAAGGGCCUCAAGUCGCGCGACAUGGAGAACAAGAGCAUCCGCCGGGUGCUGAAGAACCUGAGCAUCAAGCAGGGCCGCAAAUUCGACGACCCAGCCUCCCGGGACGAGAUUGAAAAGUUCAUCCACUUCCACCGCCUCGACACGAGCGAGGUGCUCCUGGAGCUGGACGAGUUCAAAAACUUCAACGAGUUCUUCUACCGCGCGCUCAAGCCGGGGGCCCGGCCCUGCUCCGCGCCCGACAACCCCAAGAUCAUCGUCUCGCCCGCCGACUGCCGCAGCGUCGUGUUCAACCAGAUCAACCAGGCCACCAAGAUCUGGGUCAAGGGACGCGAAUUCAGCAUCAAGCGGCUGCUCGGCAAGGCGUACCCGGAGGACGUGCAUCGGUACGACGGCGGUGCCUUGGGCAUCUUCCGCCUGGCGCCCCAGGACUACCACCGCUUCCACAUCCCCGUCGACGGCAUCAUGGGCGAGCCCAAGAUGAUUGAGGGCGAGUACUACACGGUCAACCCCAUGGCCAUCCGGUCGGCGUUGGACGUCUACGGCGAGAACGUCCGCAUCCUCGUGCCCGUGGACAGCCCCGUGUUCGGGCGCGUCAUGGUCAUCUGCGUCGGCGCCAUGAUGGUGGGCAGCACCGUCAUCACCCGCAAGGAGGGCGAGGAGGUGAAGCGCGCCGAGGAGCUGGGCUACUUCAAGUUUGGCGGCAGCACGCUGCUCGUGCUGUUUGAGCCGGGCAGGAUGAAGUUUGACGACGAUCUGGUCGACAACUCCAACGGCGCCCUCGAGACAUUGAUCCGCGUGGGCAUGUCCAUUGGUCACUCGCCCGACGAACCGCAGCACACGCCCGACAUGCGCAAGAACGACCAGGAGAUCACCGAGGAGGAGAAGCGGAUGGCGGCGCGCCGCAUCCAGGGCAGCAUGGCGGCGGGCGAGUCGCCAGACGACAGCGGUGAAGAUGCCUCUCGACCCAAGCGGAAGCUGGGCAAGGCGCCGACAAUGAACACGCUGGCGGCGUCGGCGAUGUAG